GAAUCCUAGUUUUAAUUACUAAUUAUUACGUUAUAUUCAUUCAUUUAUAUCUCACUAAAGUCCUGUAUCAAAUCUUUACUUCAUCUCCUUCUCUAUGUUCGUGCACCUUCUCAAAACUCUCAAGAAUUCAAACAAGACAACAAGGAAAAUCAACUUUCAAAAUCUUCAGUAAAAUUCUGAGGUUCCUCUACUUAAAUUUGUGCCACAUAUAUAUGUAAAUAUAUUCUUAGGUUGUGGAAUGUGCUCUGUUUCUGAGAUGAAUCUAUAUUUCAUCCAUUGACCAUUUCUUGAUACAUUGGCACACAUGUUUUUGUUGUGCUUGUGCCUAUUAUGCUAAUACAAGAUAUGUGUGAAGAAGGUUGAUUCGAAUCACUUUUUCGGUUCAACUAGCAGAGGAAGAGUUGUUUUUUUCAUCCUAAUUUGAAGGUUUCCUAUGGAGAAAACAACAAAAGUCUUGAUGAAAAGAUAUGAGUUAGGAAGAUUACUAGGCCAAGGAACAUUUGGAAAAGUUUACUAUGGAAAGAGUAAAAUAACUAACCAAAGUGUAGCUAUUAAAAUGAUUGACAAGGAUAAGGUUAUAAGAAAUGAGCAAGCUGAUAAUAUAAUAAGGGAAAUAUCUAUUAUGAGACUUAUAAAACAUCCAAAUGUUAUACAGCUUUUUGAAGUCAUGGCUAGUAAGGGUAAGAUUUACUUUGUUAUCGAAUACGCUAAAGGUGGCGAGCUUUUUGAGAAGGUAGCUAAAGGAAAGCUCAAAGAAGAGGUUGCACACAAAUACUUCAAGCAGUUAGUUAGUGCAGUUGAUUUUUGUCACAGUAGAGGUGUAUAUCAUAGAGACAUAAAGCCAGAGAACAUUCUGUUAGAUGAGAAUGAGAAUUUGAAGGUCUCGGAUUUCGGUUUGAGUGCUUUUGCUGAAUCAAAAAGGCAGGAUGGUUUGUUGCAUACAACUUGUGGAACACCUGCUUAUGUUGCUCCUGAAGUGAUCAAAAGGAAAGGUUAUGAUGGUGCAAAAGCUGAUAUUUGGUCUUGUGGUGUUGUUCUUUUUGUUUUGUUGGCUGGUUAUGUUCCUUUCAAUGACACAAAUUUGAUGGAGAUGUAUAAGAAGGUAAGCAAAGGAGACUUUAAGUGUCCUAAUUGGUUUCCGAAAAAUGUUAAGAAGCUAAUGUGUAAGAUGUUGGAUCCAAAUCCCGACACUAGGAUUUCUAUAGAUAAGAUUAAACGAUGUUCUUGGUUUAAGUAUGGAGCGAAUGGUAGACAGAAGAAAGAUGAAGGUGAAAACAAGACUACACUCUCUUGCGUGACUACGAACCCUUCUGAUCAAAGGGAUGAAACUCGAAGUGAUGAUCUAGAAGUAGAGGCGAAGGAAGAGCCGGUUGUGCCUGUGAGUAUAAACGCUUUUGAUAUCAUCUCUCUUUCAUCCGGGUUUAAUCUAUGUGGAAUCUUUGAAGACAGUUUUAAGAAAAGGGAAGCGAAAUUUACUUCAAGACAACCUGCAUCGGUCAUUAUUUCGAGGCUGGAAGAGAUUGCUAAGAGACUGAAACUGAAAAUAAAGAAAAGGGCUGCUGGUUUAUUGAAAUUAGAGAGAGUUGAUGAAGGUAGGAAAGGGAAUUUAGCUAUUGAUGCUGAGAUAUUUGAGGUUACUCCAUUUUUUCAUUUGGUUGAAGUGAAAAAAUCAAAUGGAGAUACAUUGGAAUAUCAUAAAAUAUUGAAUGAAGAUAUAAGGCCUGCUCUUCAAGAUAUUGUUUGGGUUUGGCAAGGUGAAUUACACGAACAAUCAGAGCAACAGCAACAGUCACAGUCAUAAGAUCCUUCUUUAUGUGCAUUUCAUGGUAUGCCAUUUUUUUUUUGUUUAAAAAAAAAUACUAAUGUUGUUUCUGCAUAUCUUUCAUGUGUAGUUUAACUAUGUCAUGACCCUAUUGUAACAAAAUAUUUGGCUUGUAAAUGUUUAGUUUCAGUUUUUUAUGUAUAGUUUGAUGGUUAAGAUACAAUGAUUUCUAGUGGCUUCUCAUGUUUUGAAGAAAUGAAUAUCUUUUUAAA